GACCUUCGGGAGCUCCAUAUACAUAUACAUAUAUACAUACAUAUAUAUAUCAAUAUAUACAUACAUAUAUAUAGGCGCUGGUGAUGAUGAGCGUGGUGAAGUUCACAUGCGCCAUCAUUACCAGGGCACUCUUCGUCUUCGUGUCGCUGGCGGCCGUGUGGAGGGUGACCUGGGUGAAGAAGGGAGACAACGUCUUCUGGCUCCUCACGCUGCUCUUCCUGCCGCUGGUGCUGGAGAUGGUCGUCACGCUGAAGAGGAGGAAGGGACAAGACUACAAAUGGUUUUCUCCACCAAUCUUCCUUUUUCUAAUAAGUAUCAUUCCUUCCAUUUGGAUCCUGGAGCUUCACCACCAACAGGACCAAGCCAGUGACCCCCAGUGCAAGAAGCUGGACUCGUGGGAGAACAUGAAGAGAGUGAUCACCCUUAACGAGACCAGCACCCUUAACGAGACCAGCAACCUCCAGAACUACCUGGAGAAUAUCAACCAGGCGUUGUGCUCCAAUGACUGGAUCCUGGCUCUUCACCAGAUCCUGCUCAUCCUCCUCAUCGUGGGGAAGUGGCUCCUCCCACUGGGGGGCGGGGUCACAAGGGACGAGCUCUCUCAGCUGCUCCUGAUCUUUGUUGGCACGGCGGCAGACAUCCUUGAAUUCACGAGUGAGACGCUCUCAGAUGUCAAAGAGAACAGUCCUCAACUGGUGUAUAUCAUCCUAGCCGUGUGGACCUGGAGCAUGUUGCAGUUCCCUCUACAUCUGGCUGUGGUGAACUCCAAAUCAGACUCUGGGGACGAGCAGGGCGGUGCGCAGAAGGUCUCCCUCCUGACAAAACACAGCACAGACAUGUGGGGUAUCGUGGAGGCCUUGUUUAUCCAGGACGGGCCUUUUCUGAUGGUCAGACUCACUGUCAUGACCUACUUUGACGUCUUCCACCAGAUGCUGGUGUUCUUCGCUAUCAAGAACUUCCUGGUGGUUAUUUUGAACUUUUACAGACUGGCUGUUAUAUGCCAGGACUUCAGACCUUCCAGGAGCGGCAACGGCAUCCAAGGCAGCGCCAUCCCAUAGUGAAACCAGCCUCAGUGAAGGUGGGAAUACCAAAGUUCUCCUUUGUUGGAAUAUAAUGCUCUUGUCCUGUUGUGUUUUGUGUCAGUCAUUUAAUUGUGGAUUAUUUAAUAAUGGAGGAGAAACAUGUUUUUACCACGUGGCAUCAAAGCGAGGCUCAUCUCGUUGCUGUUUACGAUUUGUAAACGCACACAAGCCAUCCUCAGUGGUCUGUUGAUCAACGUUCUCAGACGAUUGGACUGAGUAAAUUUAAUGUUGUUAAAGCAAACAACACCAGCAGACAAACAGGAAAGAGGAAGCAAAGCCGGAAAAAAGGGGUGUAUG